AUGUUUAGUGAAAUUUGUUUGUUGGUUUUAACUUUUCAAAAUAUGGUUGUUUCAGCUCGUAAGAUUGGAGACACCGUUGUCUCUCCUAUUGGUUUUGGAUGCAUGGGUUUGCAUGCAAUGUAUGGCCCUUCCUCUGAGGAAGCCAACCAAGCGGUCUUAACCCGUGCCGCGGACAUGGGCUGUACCUUUUGGGACAGCUCAGACAUGUAUGGCUUUGGUGCAAACGAAGAUUGCCUUGGUCGUUGGUUCAAACAAACCGGUCGCAGAAAAGAAAUCUUCCUUGCUACAAAAUUUGGCUACGAAAAGAAGCCCGAUGGCAGUGGCGCUUUGAAUAAUACUCCCGAACACAUCCACAGGGCACUUGACAACUCCUUGAAACGCUUAGGCGUCGAAUCUAUCGACUUGUACUAUGUCCAUCGCUUCAGUGGUGAAACUCCCGUCGAAAUCAUUAUGGAGACCCUCAAGGGUCUUGUUGAAGCAGGCAAAAUACGCUACAUCGGUCUUUCUGAAUGUAGUGCCGAAACCGUUCGUCGUGCCUGUAAGGUUUACCCCGUUAGUGCCGUUCAAAUAGAAUAUUCUCCCUUCUCUUUAGAAAUUGAGCGUCCUGAAAUUGGUGUAAAGCAAGCUUGUCGUGAAAACAACAUUACAAUCGUUUGCUAUGCUCCUCUUGGUCGUGGUUUCUUGACCGGCGCCUAUAAGUCGCCUGAUGACUUCCCUGAAGGCGACUUCCGUAGAAUUGCUCCUCGCUACCAAAAAGAGAAUUUUUACAAAAAUCUAGAACUUGUCGAGAAGUUGGAAUCCAUCGCUGCUAAAAACAAUGCCACUUCAGGCCAACUCAGCUUGGCUUGGAUUUUGGCUCAAGGCGAUGAUUUCCUCCCUAUUCCCGGCACGAAGCGUAUCAAGUACUUGGAAGAAAACUAUUCUGCCAAGGACAUUCAACUUUCUCCUGAUACAGUUCGCGAAAUCCGUGAAGCUUCUGACAGUGCCGAGAUCGUCGGCCAAAGAUAUCCCCCUGGUGCUGGUGCAAAGAUAUUUAUGGAUACACCACCUUUGUCUAAGUAA